AACAUUGGGCCUGCACAACGAGCAGACAAAACCAUUUCUACCCUGCUAGUGGCCUUACGGAAGACGAAUAAACGUCCAAGCGGCAGGUUGUGGAGCAAGUAUCCCUUGAAGCGUUACAAACAGCUAUGGAGCCAGCUCAGAGUUCAAAAUGGCGUUCUGUGCCGGAAGUAUGUACCUGGGUCCUUGCAAGAGUAAGUUACGGUCCCAAUCUUACCACCAUGCUUACGCCAGGAAGCCCUCCGGCAAUACC